ACGUGCUGCCUAGGGACGGUCUUGCCUUGCUGCCGCAGGAGCUUGGAGUGAAAACAUACUGGAUUAUUUUCUGAGGUCAAACCGCAUUCGAACAAGAGAUGGGGCAGAAAUCACGUGGUAUCACGCGGCAAACCAAAAGUCGCAAAUGGAAGAGGCCAUCAAAAGUGCUGUUCACAUGGUAGAAGCGGAUAUUCUUCUUCGUGAUGACAAGGGAGGAAAUGGUGACCCUGUCAUGGCUCACCCCCCAGAAACAGAUAGUGACAACACAUUGCAGGAAUGGCUAAAAGAGAUUGUAAAGACAAACAAAGGCAUCAAGCUGGAUUUUAAGAGUCUAGAAGCCGUACGGCCUUCUUUGGAGCUUCUGGAACGUGUGAAGCUGCACUUGAGACAACCUGUUUGGAUCAAUGCAGAUGUUCUACCAGGACCUAAUGGAAGUAAUGCUGUAGUGGAUGCAAAAGGAUUCCUUGACACUGUCACUUCAUUUUUCCCAAAUGUAACCUUAUCACUGGGAUGGACAACUGGCUGGCACCCUGAAAAACACAAUAAAGGCUAUGACUGGAUGAUGGUGAAAGAAAUGGCUCAGAUAUGCAGUGCACUUUCUCAGCCUGUAACUUUCCCUGUAAGAGCAGCAUUAGUACGACAGUCGGUAUCUGAGCUGUGCUGGUUAUUACAGCAGUCAGACAGGUACAGCCUCACUGUUUGGACAGGAAAGCAAGAUGAGUAUUCUGUAGAAGAUUUGCUUUAUACACGAGAGAACUUUGAUAAAAGUAGGGUAUAUUAUGAUAUCUUAGAACCGCAAAACUCAGAAUUCAAAAAAGCCUUAGGAAUAGAAUAUUAAAUGGGAAGCCAGCAAACUCUGACCUUAUAAUACUUAACCUCUUUAAUGUGAAGGUUUCUUGUUCAGAGAAAUGGAUUUUUUUGCAUUGUAUAGAACAUAUCCAUUGAUCAUGACUUUUUUUUUUUUUUAAAUACACUUUAUUUAAAGGCUUCUCAAAUAGAAAUAUAAUGCCUUCUUUAAAAGGUCAGAAUUGUUGUUUGCUCAUCAUAUGCACGUUCCCUCUCCUUCAUCCAGUAGCAUGUAGUAGAGACUACCCGUGUUUCGUAAAUGUUCUCGCACUUGUUCCCUACAAGUAUAUAAAGGGGAGGGUGCCCCAAAUGAUACCUGUGAGCCAAGGUAAUUUGCUACCAACUACUUUUUUGUAAGCCAGAAUCUCUGGGACACUAGACCUCUACCAAAGAUUUUAUUUUCACCCUUUGCACAGGAGGACGGACAGGGAAAGGAGACUGUAGUAAGUACAGAACAAUGAAGGGGUUGCUGAAGGGGUUAUUUUGUAGCUCAUCUUGAUGCACUGCAUUUUUACUGCUGUCGUAAUUGAUGAAGUUCUGACCCUUUAUCAAGAGAAGAUAGUGUUUGCUAGGUGUUUUUAGUGGGAUCCAGGAUGAUACACACUGAGGGGAGAAAGAAUGGUUAUGUAUUCUGAAUUAGAACUAAAUUAGUUCUUUGCACUAUGAUCAUUGUGCAUUUCACGCCAGGGCUUCCCUCUGUGCUUUCUGAGCCGUCAGCAAUAUAGUCUUUGGAUUGUUAGGAGACUGAGGUGGAGUUGGAGCUGCACUGCAGGAGGCGCUGGGCGUGCAGAACCCCCAAAAUCAGGAGAAUACUCCUGAUAAUUGUGCGUUUCUGUGGCUGUACGGUUAUUUUCUGUGUUUUCCUGGAUUGUACAUGUUUUUAACUCUCGUAAUACUGUUGGGAAAACUUUUGAAAAGCUGACUUUCUUUGAGGAAAACUAAACUCAUUGCAACCCUGUUUAUCAUCUGCGAGAAGAGGCCUGCCCAUUUUCUUUUAAGCGUUUUUGCCUCUAUUGCUUCUCCAUCUCUUAACUUGUAUCCUGACAUUGAAAUCUCUGCAGAUUAAAACAUAAGCUACGUCUUUUGCCUAACAUUGUGAAUUUUUUUUUUCACAAUAACAAUAGAGAUUUUUAUUUCUAGAUGAAAGCUGAUUCUGUGAAGAGGCAUUCCUCAGGCACCUUCUUGCCCUCCUCUUUCCACUCUUCUCACAUCUUAGGAAAAUACCUAGAUCUUCAGUUUACCUAAAUUCUAAUUAUACCUGCACAGAUCAAAUCUGUGUUCUUUUAAUGUGCAUUAUAUGCCAAAUAUAGCUUGUAAUAAUCUGUUACAUUUUUUGAUUCUCAGUAAAUAGUUUCAGCACUUUGUUGAUUAUUCUGAUGAAUUAAAUCUUAAGUGUUGACUAUACAGACUGAAUUCAAAUUCUGAAUGAUGACAUUCUUCAUUUCCUUUCUCUUCUGUAAGGCUUACCAAUUUUAUCCAGCUUCUUUCAUAAAACUGUCACAUGCAAAAUAGCAAAGGGCUGAGGGGAUGGGAAGGGAGAGAUAAACUGUUCCAAAGCAAAAUCUUCUAGGAUUUUCAGUAUUUUAAAUAUCUAAUAUUUGGACUGUAAAUGCUUUGCAACAGGAAUUUUAUCUUUGAUGUUUUGCACAAUCCUGGGCAGGCUGUGAGUACUAAAGAAUUAAUUACAACUUUUUUUGUUCUUACAACUUCUUCUUUUUAGUAUUAAUGUAACUCUAUUAGAAAAGUUAAGUUAUGUUCAUUAAUCCUAAAUCUUGAAACACUGUGAUUUCAUGCAGUUAUUAAAAUUCAAGGUUCAUGGUUGUUACCUACAUCACCUUUACCGGGUUUACCAAAUAAUUGUUCACCUUUGUUGAGGGAUAGAGCUGUCAUCAUUUUUGUCACCUCUUCAGAUGUAAUAUAGUUGGAUAAAAUUAGGAAGUAUUUUUCUAGAUAAGGAAGAAAGUAUCUAAUUGCACCUGGAACAGUUAAACAGAGUACCUCAUUUAAAGUACCACAAUCAUUAUGAAUGGCAGUAACACUCAAAAGGUCAAGUUUGGCAGCGUAAUUCUUUUUAAUGAAUUGGGAGAAGCGAUGUAUUUCUUACUUCAAUGUGGCAACAUGAUUUAGCUUGGAAACCUCCCUAUUCUCUGAAGUAUCUGUUUCUAUUAGCUCCACGUGCACACCUUGCUAGGCCAUGGGAAAAAGAUAAGUAUUUUCUAACCUAUCAUAACUAUGUAAAGUACUUUAAAUGCUUUAAAUAGGAGACUACUUUCUAACCCAGGUCACUUAGACUAAACCAGGUGCAGAAACUAUUGCAUGAACAGAUGUGCUAGCAGAUCUGAUCAUGCAGUAUUCUUUUCUGGAUCAUGACCUUUUCACUUAAAUCCUCUUCAGGGAGAACAGGACAUAUGACUGACUGCAGCCCGCUUAAGUCCAAGUUACAAACAUUGCUCUGAAUCUAUAGCAUACCAUAUACUGGUAGGAAAUAGUAUGAAAAGCUCAGCUUUUUAUUCUCUGGAAUGUACUAUGGAACAAGAAGCACUUAGGAGACAGGAGCCAGCUUUUGGAACCGAAAGCAACAUAGCUGCCAUAAUUAAUUAGGCAGUUGUGUAAAUAACAGAAUUUGCUUUUGAGGAACAUAACAGAAAUAGUUUGAGGAGAUAUCGCUGUAGCUCUAUUCAUUUAUUGAAAGCAAGGUGUCACUAAAUAGCAUUGAGUUCUUGCAUUAUGCUUUCUGAACACUCAACUAGUUCUAGGCUUAGUCUAUAUUUCUUUUUAAGAUAUUGCUGACCAUUCAGAAACAGCAACUCUCUAGGCAUAGAUUUAAUUUUAAUAGAUAUGAAGACAAGAGUAUCUGCUUGUCCUUUUGUUACACAAUUUAUAUAUGGUUUAUGGACUGGAAUGGACUCCUCAAUUAGGUUGUGCUCCUUGCUGUUGCAGGCCCUUACAUAUAUUGACUUAAUGGAUUUCAUCUUAAAGUUUGUUAGGCCUUUUUGCUUCUACACUGGCAGGCUUUUUUACUAUUUAGAAACCUUUUCCUCACUUCGCAAUUCUCAUCUGAAGGAUUAGGAAUUGUUAAAACUGAUUAUACUAUUAAGUAGGAAACACUGUCAGCAAUUACCAAAAGUAUUUUCAAGGAGUUUCAAAGUAUUUGCAGGCACCAUGGAGAAAACAUCAUGGACUAGUACAUACGGAUAUGAAUAAAUAGGGGUAGUCAGAUAAAAUUAAAAGGA